CUCUCUCUCUGACUCACUCUGUUCUCGGAUCGCUCAGCAGCUCUCUGCGUCUCUCUGUACCCUUUAAUUCUUCCUCUGCAUCUCUUUGGCUCCUCUUCCUCCCAUCGUCCUGCCUUCAUCCUCCAGCCCGCCGACGUCAGUGGAACGGUUCAAUCCCCUCUGAUAUUCAGGUUAAUCUGAUUAUGAAGAUUUCCUCUGAGGCGCUUCUUCGUCAAUGACGGCCAAGAUGGAGACUCCUUUCUACCACGACGACUCCCCCUCUGUCCCCGGCUUCAGCCAGAUCGCAGAAUACGAGCGCUACCCGGGAAACAAGAUGCUGAUGAGUAAGAAGGCCAUGUCGGGGACAGGUGGUCAUCACUUCUCCAGCGGGGGUGCAGCAGGAGGGAGGGGCGGGAACCCCAACAACAUGGUGCUCGGCGGCAACAGCUCCCUGAUGACAUCAGCUGCUCCCUCGGCGGACAUGAACCUGCUGAAGCUGGCAUCCCCUGACCUGGAGCACCUGAUCAUCCAAUCCAACCAGGGACUGGUCACCACCAGCCCCGUGUCCAACUCCACCAACCCCUUCAUCUACCGUAACCAGGCCACCAACGAGCAAGAAGGAUUUGCUGAUGGCUUUGUCAAAGCGCUCGCUGACCUUCACAAGCAGAACCAGCUGGUUGGGGGCCCCAUGUCCCCGUCCUCAUCCUCCAGUGUCUCUCUGCAAGCAUCCUACCAGAGGAACCUGAUGUCUGGCGGGGACAUGCCCGUGUACACCAACCUCAACAGCUACAACCCGGGCCAGAUGGCGUACUCUGGAGCGCAGAUGGCAUACGGUAGCAGCGCAGGACACAGUGGCAGCGGAGCCCCUCAACCCCACGCUCGAGGCCUGGACGCCCCUCAGACCGUCCCUGAGGUGCCUCACCUGCCGGGCGACCCCACAUCCCCGCCCUCCCUCUCCCCGAUCGACCUGGAGACGCAGGAGCGAAUCAAAGCAGAACGCAAGAAGCUCCGCAACCGCAUCGCCGCGUCCAAGUGCCGCAAGCGGAAGCUGGAGCGCAUCUCGAGGCUGGAGGAGAAGGUGAAGGUCCUGAAGAACCAGAACUCGGACCUGGCCUCCACCGCUGCCAUGCUGCGGGAGCAGGUCGCUCAGCUCAAACAGAAGGUCAUGAGUCACGUCACCAAUGGCUGCCAGAUUGCCGUCAGCUCUGCCACCAACAAGUCCGGGGGAGGGGGAGGCACCGCAGGCACCGGCAGCAAGGACUCCAGCUGCUGAGGAGGCAGAACAAUAAGACACAGAGGGUGUGAAAAUAAGCCGAGAGACAGAGGGUUUACUAUUAUGAUUUUUGGCAUUUUGCUCACUCUCUCGGUCAGAGCGAGGUGUCAGCGAAGCCUCAACGGGACAGGUGGAUGCUCAACGGGAUUAAUGUAGCCCCGUAAACCACUGUCAGUCAUCCAGCCAGAGGCGGCAGAGCAUAGAGGAAGCGGGGACAAAUCCCUGAUGUGAGAAAUUCAAAUUUGGAUGAUUUGAAUUUUGAUGAUGAAGAUGAAGGAUGAAGAGAUGGUGACUGAUAACUGACUGUUAAGAAGCAGGGAUGGACACUCGUGUGUGCACAGACAGAUUUUAUUUAGACAUUUAUUUAACAGGUGAAAUACAUUUACAGACAGAUUUCCAAGUUCCCAGUACAAAAGGUUUUCUACAGUUUAAACAGCUCAUGACAAUAUUCUUUAUUUUCAGAUGUCAUUACAGCUCAGUACAUAAACUGUAUUGGAAAUAGUGGAAAUCAUCAUCCACCACUGAGUUUUUCAUUUAAAGUAAAAACAUGUUUUGACAUGUUAAUGACAUGUUAAAAUGACAUUUUUACAUUGCGAAAGGUAUCUUUUUGAAAUAGAGUUAAGAAGAUUGCUCAUAAAAGGUAAUUGCAAUACUUCAGUGAUAUAAUUUAUGUGGAAAACAGUGUCAAGUAAUCAGAAUACUUUUAAUAACAGUAUGAAUUUUCAGAGAGACAAAGUGUCUGAAAUUUUUCCAAAAUCCAGUGACCGCCUCACUUAAAAUGGCAGAUGUUGGAGUUUGUUUUGUAAUCUGAUUACUGCAAUCACUGUAAAUCUUUUUCUUUCCUUUUUUUUACAAUCCAGCUGUGUGUUAACACAGCAAAAAGGGAAACAUCUUCACUUUGAUGACUCUGUUCACUUUAUCUCUUCUUGGUAGCUGUGAUAGAUUUAUGUAAUCUGAUUACUGCAACCUCUUUACAUGUCUGCAACUAAAGCUCACCUGGGGUUGGCAAUAAUCCAGUGACUGUUUACAUUUUUUAAAACUGUGUUUGUGUGUUUUCUGUUUGUGGCUGCUGGAAGUUAAAAACCUUUAAAGCUACGUGUUGAUGAGGAAACAGAGGCUGAAGUUUUAGCGUUCAGUUUUUCCGGUUGACAGGCUGUUUUUUUUAUUCAGCUGGUAGAAACUUUUCUUACUAUCUCUGGAUCCUUCAGAAUCAAGACUUUGAAAUGUUCAGUUUAAGAUCUGCCUGUCUGAAUAUGGUUUGGAGUUUGGAAACUGACGUGUUCUGACGUAUUUGUUUCAGUCCAAAUUAAUGAGAGUUUUAUUCUCUCAGUUUUAAAAUCUAGUGAAUUUUUUUAACCGUUUAGCCGUAUCAUUCCUGAUGUGGCAAAAGAAUUUCACUUUCAACUGCACAUUUAAAAAAAAUACUGUAGUCAAGUCAAAGUAUAGUUAAAGUGUAUUUGACUGAUUGUUGACAUUUAUAUAUUCUACAGCAGCAGAAAUAUUGAACAUAGAAGAAAAAUGUCAGAUGAGGUUUUUCUUAUCUCCUUUAUUCUCAUUUUUAACAAUAUUGUGCAAAUAAGAUGUGACUUUUGAAAAAUAUUUAUUGUUUUGAGAAGUAUAAUGUUACUAAUAUACCUAUUACUACUAUUACUUUACCUUUUCUACACAGUAAAAAGUAUAAUUUCAUAAAUAAUAUGGCUUGUUUGUUUGCAGGUGUGUAUGGAAGCCCAUUUCUGCCAGGGAAAGAGAAAAAACGAUGACAUUUUUGGAAUGAUUAAAAUAAAAAUACUAAUAAUCUUAUGUCUUAUAAUUUGACCCAACAACAACAAUAACAACUUAAAAAGUCAAACAUUUAAACAUGUAUUAACACAUUUUAAUCCUGUGUCACAGAGUUUUUAUUUACUACCUCUUGGUCUAUUUUUGCAUUCUUAACAUUUUCCCCCUGGCAGUAAUGGGCUUCCACAGGUUAAAGCCUUUCUGAAAGGCCAAAAAAUAUCUGCUGCUGGUUCAGGUGUACAGAAAAGGAAGUUGAUUUUGUUUAUGCAAAAAUGAUCUCAGGGGAAUAUCAAAUGUGUUCCACCUGCUUUGGUUAGAAAACCCCUUUAAGACUCAAUUUCAAGUUAAAUCACUUGAUAAAUUGGAUAUAUUUUUACAGUGUAAAAGAGAGCAAAAAAAAUAAAACACACAGCCAGCAUAGAAAAGGAUCCUGAAGUAGAAGGCCCAACCUAUAAUCCCAAAUGUAAACAAAAUGUGCUCCUACAAAACAUAAUGCACUCUGGAUUGUGUACAUAGAUAUGAAAAUAAAAUUUGCUGCGGUCCUGAGGUCUUUGAGGUGGUUGUGGAGGGCCUUGAGGGGUUUCCUGAGGUCCAUGGUGGAGUGCCAGAGGUCCUUUAGUGGCUUCCUGAGGUCUUAAGCAGGGUAGCAGAGGUCCAUAGGGAGGUUUAAUAGGGCCUUCCUUCAGGGUCUUCCUGAGAUCCCUGAAGAGGUUGUACAGGUACUUGAGUGGGAUUCUGAUGUCCUGGAGAGGGUAUAGAGGUCCUUGAGUAGGUUCCUGAGGUCCUUGAAGAGGUUGAAGAGGUCAGUGGGUGAGCUGAUCUCUAACGGAGACUGUUUAGAAGACCAUAAGUUCAGUGAUUAAUGAUGACCUGAACUAAAUGUCCACAUUUUAACAGGUACCUGCCGGCCAAUUGAGGGAGCAGGAUUUUAUACUGCAGUGGUAUAUUUAAUACUCAGUCUGUUACUUUUGAGAGUGUGUUAUUGGUUGAUAACUGUACAUUUGAUUUAUAUGGUGAAAAAAAUACAGAUUGGGCCUUUACUAUCUUGCAGUGGCAAAUUAUACUCAACAAAUUACAAAGUAAAUAUACUGUUGUUAAUGCAGUGUGUUGACAUGUUCAACCAUGAAGCUAAUGAUUCCUUUCUAUUUUUGGACUCUGUUUUGUACUGACUUUACUGUCCAGUCAGCAUGUCUGUGUCAUGUUACAGUUUGUAAGCAGUAACUGUCAGACAAAAAAAACAUAUAACUGCAAAGAAAGAAAAUAAAUUAGAAACAUUUGUUAGCAACAAAAAGAGUUUAAAGUGAACAUUAAUACUCAAACAUGAAAAAACUAUUUCAGUUGCAGUUACAUGUUUUCUGUUUAACAGAUUAGACAUUUUCAAAUCUAACUGUUGGUGAUCCUCGAGCAAAAAAUUAUUUUUUUGAACUUGAAUGAGGCUUUUGACGUCUCUAAUGAUUCUAUUUUUGUACAAAUGUAUAAAAAAUGUUAUUAAUAUUCUGAAAUGAUGUGUGUACGAGCUAUCUGAUCAAACACUUUGUCUCUAUUUAUUAUGAAUAUCCAUUUAGUUAUACAUAAGUGUUUAUUUCCUUCUGCUGUGUUGAGAUGUUUGUGUCAAUAUAUCAGUGAUGAAAAAUUCAUCUGCUGCAGGUUUGCUGUUUGUAAAUUCAGAGUUGGAGGAGUGACUUUUCCACGUGACAAUGGUGACAUGUUGAAUGAAGUGCACUUUCCUAAACUCAUUAGCAUGGUCUCAAACAUUUCACAUAAAGGAUGAAUUCCAAAAAUCAAAAUGUAAAGUCAGUGUUAAAACUGCCAAGAUUUUAGGUGAAAUAGAUGUCGGUUUCAUUUUGAGAAAUUUGGGGACUGUUUUUGCAGAGUAUGUCAUUUGCUUACUUAUUAGGAAGUUUCCUAGUUUUGUUUUUACUGUGAAAUAAGACACUUGACAGAACCAGAUGAGUGAAUUUGGAUGAAAUCCUCUAACCUGAAGAUCCCCAUCUGGGUAUUUAUAUUUUUAUGAGAAGCAAUAUUAUUGUAAUUACAGUAAAAUGCUAAUAUGAAAAACGUGUGUGGGCCAAUAAACAUUCCAUCCAUGUGUCUUACAAAUACAUGGAAUUAACCAAGCGGGAACCUCUGGGUCUGUAAAGUGAAGCCAAUACAGAAGUGCCUUAAAUCUGCAUUCUUUAAUGGCCAACUGGGGGCGACUCCACUGGUUGCAAAAAGAAGUGUGAUUCCACUAGAAAUAAUGACAAAAUGACCCUACUUCUCACCUGAUUUAUUUCUUCAGUAAACACUUGAACUAAUGAGUUUAUGAUCUCAGUCGCUAGUUUCGUCUUCUUCAACACAGAAUGAUGUUCAUUUUUUUUAGUUUGGUUUAUUACUUUAUUUGACAGGGACAUAUUAAUUACAUUUCUGUAAAUUAAAACACACUUUUAUUGGCUGGAGUACAAGUAGCUAGUAGUGUACAGGUUGCACAUAGAAAGACAGUGAAUUUAGUUUUACAAUUAUAGAGAACAGAAAAUAAUGCUGAGUGUAAAUUAAUGAAAUUGUAAAACAUUUUAUUUACAGUACCUAUACAGCUUUACAUUAGUAUGUAUUUGUUUAAUUUGUUAAUCUAACUAGAGGUAAUUGUUUUAGCCUUGUUGUUCACAUGGACACAGAAAGAGAAAGAGAGAAUAUGUACUUUUCACUGUGGAAAGGCACGUGAACAUGGCAACAGAGCAUGCUGCAGUCUACACCUGCGGCUAGCUAGCACCCACAGAAGUGUUUAGUCCCUAAACAGUCAUCAUAUGGGAAAAUAUUACAUUACUUAACAUUGUUAUGUAAUAAUGCGUGUUGUUUCUUUCCUUCAUCAAACUUCCUCUUUUUUCAGUUCCUGAUGGGUAUUUUCUUUUAGGGGGAGGGGCAAGUACCAAUUUAUUGUAGAUGCUUAACUUAGGGUUGCCUGGUCAGACAAUCAGUUAAUUCAGCAAACGAUGCACGAGUUAGUUGGCUUAGGAAGGACUAGCUCUGCCUGGCUUUAUGCACAGGGGCAUUGUCAUGUUAAAACAGGAAAGGACUUUGCCCAAACUGUUGCCACAAAGUUGGGAGCUCACUAUUGGCCAAAUCAGGGAACAGGGAACAGAUUCAGACUGGGUUGUCCAUAUAUAUAGUGAAAUAGUGCAUCUAUCUAUUCAUUCUCUGAGCCUUUUACUUGUUUUACUCAUCAAUGAGUCAUCAGGAUGAAGUUAUUUCUCUGUCAGUGAAUCAGAGUAGCAGAACAAUUUAAAUAUAUACAGUACAUAUAAAUAUAUAUUACAUAUACAUAUGCUCAUAUAAUUACUAACACUAAAUAUGAUGAUUACCUUCUAUAUUGACUUCAUUAUAGUAAUUUAUAUAUUUUUUUAAUAGCAUAUUAGUUAGGAGACCCUGAAGUGAAACAAUAUUUGAUCAGAUGGUGACACACUGACGAGGCCCUUGUGUAUCAGUCAGUUACUCAUUUGGGGAUUUUUUAGAAAUGUCUCUAACAGAAGUCUUCAUUCAAAAACACAGAUUCUGUUUAUGUGCCUUUUGACAAUAUUACUUCCUCCAUAAAUUUAACUCUUGCAAAUACAUGCUUUUAAGGAUUUGGGGCAUAAAUAAACUCACAAUUUCAAAGAAUCAAUCAUAACCGAAAUCUCAGAAUGCUGUUGGACAUAACAGAGGCCCAACAGGGGAAGGUUUGGACUCAUUGUUGUUGAGGAUGGAGCCACACUGAGUCACCUAUCUUGAUGACAGUAUUUAUGGAAAUCCUUCAAUGACAUAUCAGUCACACUGUUAUCAGUCAAACACACAGGUCAGUCCAGACAACCUCUGGUUACGCAGGACUACACUCUUCAGUGAAACCUUCAAUCAGAUGAUAUAGACCUCCACGGAGGUUGCACAGUCGAGUUGCUUUGAAAUAGAAAAUAAUCAGCAUUUUGUUUUGUGAAUUAUCUCAUGACCACUGAGUUAUGGACAUUUUUAACUCAUCAUCAAAUUUAGCAGGAUGAGGUUUGAUUUGGUUUUAAUUAGCAAUUACCUGCACCGGGACCUAAGUACACAAUGUGAAUAACAAAUUACAAUAAAAUAUCCUUAUCCAACAGAAAAUAUAAAAACAUAAAAAAUAAAUGUUUUUUUAUUUCUAUAUUAAUUAACAAUGGAUGAAAUGACUAUAUGCCAGGUCAACUAAAUUUUAUUAUAAAGCCUAAUAUCACAAAUCACUAAAAGAGGCUUUUCAGUCUGUACAGACAGACAGGACAUAGAAGUAGAAGCAAAAGAGUAAGUAAUUACCUUAUGGAAGAUCAGGAUGAAAAAAAUUAUAGAUUGAAUGUGACAUUUAUGAGGAAUGGAUCCGGGAGAAUGUCAAACAACUUCAGGUGUCGCCAAAAAGACCUGUGCCACACAACCUAUGGAAAAGUGCAUGACUGCAAUUUGGUCAAGAAAUGAAGAGAGAAAAACAGAGGGGCAAGAACAGAGCCAUGAGGUACUCGCUAUUUUAUAUCCGAAAGGUUUCAUGUCGGGUUCAGGUAAGUUCUUCACAUUAAUAACCAUGCAAACUUGCACAAAGUCUCCAACUUCUCUUAAAUUAACAUCAUGUGUUCAGCUCAGUGUUUGUUUUAAUGAAGAAUUAAUCUGGAUUUAAGGGAAAUAUUGUGGACAUUUAAGUGAAAGAAUGAUGUGUUUAGGUUGGUAAUGAUGCUGAUUUAGAGCAAAUAUGAAGUCUAAAAGAGUAACAAGUAAUCCAACUAGCUGAUCAGCUCACGUUUGACUUUUCAUUUUGUACUGACUUCAGACUAACAGGUUUUUUUUGUGUGUUGAACCAUUUGGUAGAAAACGUUGUGUUGCUGUUUUUCCAUAUUCUGCUCCAGAUGGAGUGACCCACUUACUGAGAGAGGCUGUGUGCCAUUUCUGGUGACUAAUACCCCCUCCACCCACACCUCAACACACACACACACACACGUGCACAAACACGCACACACACAAAGCUGUAUUGGUGUGUUUGCCGUCUUGUUUCUGUGUUUCUGC